GCGUUGUCUCGUUUCUAAUCGUAAGUGUUCUUCGUUUUCGUUCGAUCUUUUAAGUAAAGAGAUUUGAUUAUAGUUCAGUUCUAUCGUUACGCCAUUAGUGGUUAGAGAACGAUGCUUAGGAAACGAAACCUAUUUUGUAUAAUCUUCGCAUUGGUUUUGGGCGAGAACUAGCUCUGUACGCCAGUAGCUUUCCAAGUUCUUAAUAUCAGUCUAUUGAGUUUCUUGUUAAGAUCUGUAAGAAGGUGAGGAAUUUUUGAAGUUUACAUUUGUUGAGAAGAGGUGUAAGAUGGGGAGGAUAAUGGAAUGGGCAGCAAGAUCUGAUCACUUGAGAGGAAUCCCAAGGAAAACUGUGAUAAGAGCUGUUGGUGCGUUUGCGAGAGCAGUAGCUAAUCUAUGCAAGAAGACCACAGUUCACAAUGCAGAUACUCUUAUGACUCUUGUCCGGUCACGACCACCCGGUGUUCCUCUCAUCACUGUUAGUAAUCACAUGUCCACUUUAGAUGAUCCAGUAAUGUGGGGAGGGUUCAAGGGUCUCCUUUCCUUUGAUCCAAAGUUGGCUCGUUGGGUUCUGGCAGCAGAGGACAUUUGUUUCAAGAACCCUGUCUUCUCCUACAUCUUCCGCACUGGCAAGUGUAUACCUAUAACUAGAGGUGGUGGAAUCUACCAAGAACACAUGAGUGAAGCUCUCGAGCGGUUAAAAGAUGGAUCUUGGUUGCAUACCUUCCCAGAGGGCAAGGUGUUUCAAGAAGAUGUUCCUAUAAGACGACUUAAAUGGGGAACCGCAAGUCUCAUCGCCCGUUCCCCUGUUACCCCGAUCGUCUUGCCAAUCAUUCACCGAGGUUUCGACGAGAUGAUGCCGGAAAACUAUUUUUAUGGAAGAAGACCACCGUUACCACUGUGCAACAAAAACCUUAAAGUAGUUGUUGGUGAACCAAUCGAAUUUGAUCUUCCCAUGAUGGUUGAAACCGCUGUCUCAGCCUCUCGUCAUGUAACGUCUCCUCUUCAAGAAACGAAAUGGCCUGUUCUCUCUUCUGCUGGCCAAAAGCUAGACGAAACUGCUCAGAGAUACCUCUACACAGCUCUUUCAGAGAAGAUUCAAUCCUCACUUGAAACAUUGAGACUCUUAGCCAAGAGGUUGUGACUUCCCCCUGAAGCUCCCAGUUUAGAUACGCAUUGGUAACCAAUUAUUUCCUUUGUUUAUAUUUUUUGUAACUGCAGAUUGUAAUAAGGAUGAGAAAUGUAACAACAUAUAUCUAAAUAACUCACAUCUUACAAAUAUAUUAUAAUGUUUAAACAUUCAAGACAAAUCCC